AGCCGUUAGCCGUUGAAAUGGUUCCUUACAUAAGUAUUAAACUUAUUCGUUACGUGUGCACUGCUGUACUAUUAUUACUGCUAUUAUAAUGUUCAACUGAUUCAGUAGGUCAGUUGCUUCACCGGCUUCAAAGCUCGUGACAUGUCGCUCCAUCUGUCCACUGUUCUGUUGCUGUUGUACAAAAUGGCGACCACGUGCUGUGCGUGCAGCGGUUAGGUGAUGUGGGUCGUUUCCAUUCGUCGGCUGUAACUUUUCGCUGCGUUUGCACGAAUUCGAAGACCGCUCAACUCACGAAAAAUGGGCCGCUCGUCAAAAGACAAGCGCGACGUCUACUACCGGUUGGCCAAGGAAGAAGGCUGGCGAGCGCGAAGCGCGUUCAAAUUGCUGCAGAUCAACGAAGAGUUCGACAUCUUCACAGGUGUCACGAAAGCUGUCGACCUGUGCGCCGCUCCUGGAAGCUGGAGCCAAGUCCUGUCGAGAAAACUCCGAGGCAAUGCUGAGAAUCCAGAUGACGUGAAAAUCGUGGCCGUGGACCUUCAGGCCAUGGCGCCCUUGCCAGGAGUCAUUCAGCUGCAGGGAGACAUCACUGAGGUCUCGACAGCUCAGAAGAUCAUCAGCCACUUUGAGGGUGAAAAGGCAGAUUUGGUUGUCUGCGACGGCGCGCCGGAUGUUACUGGCCUCCACGAUAUUGAUGAGUACAUUCAGGCUGAGCUGCUUUUGUCGGCCCUGAAUAUCACCACGCAUGUCCUGAAGACUGGUGGCACCUACAUAGCCAAGAUUUUUCGAGGAAAGGAUGUGACCCUGCUGUAUGCACAGCUGAAACUCUUCUUUGAACAUGUGACCGUUGCUAAGCCCCGGAGCAGCCGCAACUCCAGCAUAGAGUCUUUUGUAGUCUGUCGCCGCUACUCUCCACCCGAAGGUUACAAGCCAUUCAUGUUCACUGGCUCCAUGGAAGAUUUGAAAGUUACAAUUGAGGAGCCAAACAGAACCAUGGUUCCAUUUGUCAUCUGUGGAGAUCUUGAUGGAUUUGACUCUGACAGGACGUACCCUCUUGAGCUCGGGAAGGACAAGGCCUAUGAGUUCUGCAAACCUGUGCAGCCACCAAUAGACCCUCCGUACAAGCUUGCCAACUCCAUGAAGAAGCGUAAUGAGCUGGCCAAGACUGUACUGGAUGUUGGUGCAUCGACUUCUCUGAGAGCCACAGCCGGCGACACACUCGAGGAGGUUCUGUGUCCCAACAUCAGUGUGCUGGACUUCAUUUAUGACGAAUCCACGCAAAAGCCAGAUGACUUGGUCGAGGCUGUGCUGGCAGCUGGCCCUUCAACUUCGCGGCCUUGUGAAUCGGGCGACCAGUUUGCUGGAGCUGUGUGCUCGAGCAUUGCUGAACUCGACCUCAGCAGUGGCAAGUUUGUGGUGAAGAGUGAAGUGGCCGAGACGUUGCUCGGUGCCAGUGCAUCAACGUCGCGGCUAGCCAGCUCUGGUGACGGAGUACUGGAGGCGGACGAGAAAGUGCUGGAGGCUGUGCGGUCGGCCAUCGCUGAUCUGGAUGUCAAACGUGACUAAUGUGGACUUAUUCAGAAUUUGUCUUUAUAUAUAAAUAAAAGGGGGCAAAAUGCCUUAA